UAGAGCAUUAGGUCUACGGGUAUACUACUGGUAGUAACGAAAACGCCGAGUGGGAGGACAAAACUGAAGGAAGAUGGGUCCUACUCAGAUUUGCUCCAGUUGACCAGGUUGGCAUCCAGGUCCUGGCCAGAACGCAGGCAUGGCUUGGUGGCUUCCUUGGAUUUGCUUCACUGCGUGCCUCCACAAGGUGCUGGCGGACGACCCCGCUGCCGACGAGGGCGACCUCUACUCGGAGAACAUCUCCCGGAUCCUGGACAAGCUCCUGGACGGCUACGACAACCGGCUGCGACCCGGGUUCGGCGGCAGGGGCAGCCCAGGAGCCGUGACGGAAGUCAAGACAGACAUCUACGUGACCAGCUUUGGUCCUGUGUCAGAUGUGGAAAUGGAAUAUACCAUGGAUGUUUUCUUUCGGCAAAUGUGGAUCGAUGAGAGGUUGAAAUUUGGUGGGCCCACUGAAAUUCUGAGGUUGAACAAUUUAAUGGUCAGUAAAAUAUGGACACCAGACACCUUUUUUAGAAACGGGAAGAAGUCAAUUGCUCAUAAUAUGACAACUCCAAACAAACUUUUCAGGAUAAUGCAGAACGGCACCAUCCUCUAUACCAUGAGACUUACCAUUAAUGCUGACUGUCCUAUGCGUCUGGUAAACUUCCCUAUGGAUGGACAUGCUUGUCCCCUGAAGUUUGGGAGCUACGCCUAUCCUAAAAGUGAGAUUAUUUACACCUGGAAAAAAGGACCAUUGUAUUCGGUGGAAAUUCCACAAGAAUCUUCCAGUCUUCUCCAGUAUGAUCUUAUAGGGCAAACAGUCUCUAGUGAAACAAUAAAAUCCAAUACAGGUGAAUACGUAAUAAUGACUGUUUAUUUCCACUUACAAAGGAAGAUGGGCUACUUCAUGAUUCAGAUAUAUACUCCCUGCAUCAUGACAGUCAUCCUCUCUCAGGUGUCUUUCUGGAUUAAUAAGGAGUCUGUUCCAGCUAGGACAGUUUUUGGGAUCACCACUGUCCUCACAAUGACUACGUUGAGCAUCAGCGCCCGCCACUCUUUGCCCAAGGUGUCUUAUGCUACUGCCAUGGAUUGGUUCAUUGCUGUGUGCUUUGCCUUUGUCUUCUCUGCACUUAUCGAGUUUGCAGCUGUCAACUACUUUACCAAUCUUCAGACUCAGAGAGCAAUGAAGAAGGCAGCCAGGGCAGCCGCACUAGCAGCCGCGCUCUCAGCAGCUACCGUACCGGCGGAGGACGAGAUAGUCUCGCACUCUGACUCCAACUGCAACUUGAAGAAGCGAGUCAACUCUAUGACGUCUCAAACAGAUCACUCCCUUGAAACAAGCAUGUUGUCCAAUAGUGCAUCUCAAAGUCAACAGACAUCUGUUACUACGCCACCGCCACCACCGCCACCACCACUAAUUGGAGGCACGAGUAAAAUAGAUCAGUACUCCAGGAUCCUCUUUCCAGUGGCAUUUGCAGGAUUCAACCUGGUAUACUGGGUGGUUUACCUUUCAAAGGACACUAUGGAAUUUUUUGAACCUACUGCAAUGCAUCUUCGAAAUGACCAUCAAACCAACUGAUGGCUGCAAACUCAGGUGUGACAAAGGACCAAAAGACUCACCGGGCUAAGUGACUGGUUCUAAAGACAAUUGUGGGGCUCUGGUCACUGAAUGUAAAAUACUUCAGUGUUUGAAGACAUCACUAUGAACUCUU